AGAUCGGCGUCAGAUCUUCCGCCGCAUCUUCUCUUCACUAUCUCCGGUCACACUCUUUUUCUCUCUGUUCUAUGUAUCUCUCUACUUUAUGCGCUUCUUCUUAACAAUCUGAGUGGAUUUACAGAGUUAAAGAUGAUGGAAUCCGGAGCUGGUUUCGCGGCCAUGGAAGAGAGGAUCUCUCCUGGAAGUUUCUUCCAGUUUCCUCUUUCUGGAUUCCGUGCUUCUCCCAAUCGAUCCCCUUGUCCUCCCACUGAUCGUGAAAGGUACUUGACUGAAUUAUUGCAAGAGAGACAAAAGUUGGGUCCCUUUUUGCAGGUUAUGCCAAAUUGCUGCAGACUGCUGAAUCAAGAAAUCAGGAGGGUCUCUAGUUUUCCUGAUCCUGAUAGAUAUGAGCAUGGAAGUCCAUUUAGAUCGCUUGGCCAGCCGACAAAUGGAAAGCUUGAUUUAGAGGGAUGGUCGAUGAUGCAAGCGGAGGAAAACUGUCACCUCCAGAGAGCUUCUCCAUUUCGUGCUCCUGCCCCAGUGGGCUGGAUUGGGAUGCCGGGACUCCCUAACCCACCCAUUGUGAAAAAAGUGAUUAGACUUGAUGUGCCAGUGGAUAAAUAUCCAAGCUAUAAUUUUGUUGGGCGGAUUCUCGGGCCACGUGGAAACUCCCUAAAAAGAGUUGAGCUAGCAACCCACUGCAGGGUGUUUAUUAGAGGGCGAGGAUCUGUGAAGGAUACUGUCAAGGAGGAAAAACUUAAAGGUAAGCCAGGGUACGAGCAUCUCUGUGAGCCACUACAUGUACUGAUCGAGGCUGAGCUUCCAGAAGACAUAAUAAAUUCUCGAUUGGAACAUGCAGUACAUUUCCUGGAAUCACUCCUAAAGCCGAUGGACGAAUCAAUGGAUCACUACAAGAGGGAACAGCUGAAAGAGUUAGCAGCUCUGAAUGGUACUCUAAGGGAGGAGAGUCCAAGUCCGAGCUUGAGCCCUUGUUUGAGUCCGAGCAUGUCCCCUUUCAACAGCAAGCGUGCUAAGACUGGACAAUAAAGAUUUUACCUGAGAGAUGAUCAAUGUUGUUGAGACAGAAACCAUGGCAUGGUCGUGUGGGAAGGGCCAAGGCUCUCUAUGCGUUGUCUAUCUAUCCGCAAGGUGAUAAUGUUCUAAGUUCUAACGUUUGGACUCCUCAAUUAAUUUAUUUUGUCAUU